GGGCUCCUGGGGACAAAGCAAGGCCAUGCCAAGCCUAAGCGCCACUGUGGAGUGGGGGGGUGGGAUGGGAUGGGAUGGGAUGGGAAUCAUGGAAAACUGACAGAAGCUUCAACACACACGGUGUGGUAGUGGUGGUGGUGGUGGACCACAGGCAUCCGUACUUGACACAAAAGGCGGCGGCGCGAAACCGUAUCCAUCGAGCCCAUCGAGCCCAUCCGGCCAUCGCUCUCCGGGAACGGGCUUCGGAUGCCCGACGCGGUGGUGGUGGUGGUGAUGGUGGCGCCGGCCAGGCUACUCUGGGAAUAUAUGUUCGAGUGAAUCGAUGGGGAUCGGAGAGAUGCGAUGUCCCUCCCCCCCCCCUCCCUCUCUCAUCGUCAUCGCCGGCAGAGGGGAGGGGGAUUCGGACAUCAUGCCUUACAUCAUCAGCAGCAUCAUCACUCCCCAGUUUCCACUUUUGGCGGAGGAAGGAGGAGGAGCUGGUGGUGGUGGUGGUCGUUGCGAUGGUUGGUAGUGGAGGUGGUGGUCACUGGUCACUGGUUGCGAUGGUGGUGGUGGUCGCGAUGGUGGCUGCUGCCGUUUCUGCUGCUGCGGUAGACGGGAAAGUUCUGUUUUGGGUGUCACGCGCUCAUUCCUAGCGUGUGAGCAUUCAUAAAUAAUUCCUCGUUCGGUGCUGUGCGGUACGGUGGAUGCGGUUGUGCGCUUCAGACCAGAAAUCCAGAUCAGAUCAGACAAGGCACAGACCACUUCACUUCCACUUCCACUUCGAUUGCGAUUUGAUUCGCCGCCGCCGCCCUAAAAAUGUCCCUAAAAUGAUUGAUCACGCAAAUGGAUCGUGGAUGGCAGCGGACGACGGACGUCGUCACGCCGUCAGCAGAGCAGAGCAGAGCAAAGCAAAGCAACAGACCGCCGUUUGCUGUUGCUCCUGCGCUGCUGCUCCUGCGCUGCUGCUGCUGAUGCCCCUUGUUAUCGCUAUCGGUGACAGGGGGGAGAGGGAGGGAG